CCCUCCCGCCCGGCGCCGCCGAACUUGUUCUAACUUCCUCGGCGAGCCGGGCUGCGCGGACGGCGCCGCGCCUGGAUUCUGCUUCUCAGAAGAUGCACUAUUAUAGAUACUCUAACGCCAAGGUCAGCUGCUGGUACAAGUACCUCCUUUUCAGCUACAACAUCGUCUUCUGGUUGGCUGGAGUUGUCUUCCUUGGAGUCGGGCUGUGGGCAUGGAGCGAAAAGGGUGUGCUGUCCGACCUCACCAAAGUGACCCGGCUGCAUGGAAUCGACCCCGUGGUGCUGGUCCUGAUGGUGGGCGUGGUGAUGUUCACGCUGGGGUUCGCCGGCUGUGUGGGGGCCCUGCGGGAGAACAUCUGCUUGCUCAAGUUUUUCUGCGGCGCCAUCGUGCUCAUCUUCUUUCUGGAGCUUGCUGUGGCCGUGCUGGCCUUCCUGUUUCAGGACUGGGUGAGGGACCGGUUCCGGGAGUUCUUCGAGAGCAACAUCAGGUCCUACCGGGACGACAUCGAUCUGCAGAACCUCAUCGACUCCCUUCAGAAAGCCAACCAGUGCUGCGGGGCGUUUGGCCCUGAAGACUGGGACCUCAACGUCUACUUUAACUGCAGCGGCGCCAGCUACAGCCGUGAGAAGUGCGGGGUGCCCUUCUCCUGCUGCGUGCCGGAUCCCGCGCAAAAAGUUGUGAACACACAGUGUGGAUAUGACGUCAGGAUUCAGCUGAAGAACAAGUGGGACGAGUCCAUCUUCACGAAAGGCUGCAUCCAGGUGCUGGAGGGCUGGCUCCCGAGGAAUAUCUACAUCGUGGCUGGCGUCUUCAUCGCCAUCUCGCUGCUACAGAUAUUUGGCAUCUUCCUGGCAAGGACCCUGAUCUCGGACAUUGAGGCGGUGAAGGCAGGCCAUCACUUCUGAGGAGCAGGGCGAGCAAGUGGAGCUGAGCCACUAUGGAGGCCAACGCCGUUCAUUGUCACCAACCUAUGUCCAGAGGGGGAGAAGCUGCCACACCCACGGAGGCCAGCGCCCUGUCUUCAGCAUCAGCGUGACGUGACCUCUCUUUCUGCUUGCUGGUGCCGAAGACUGGGUGCCCCCUUGUUACCUGCCCACACUCACGACUGCAUCCCCGCUGGGGUCUGCCCAGAGACAGCAAUGUGUCUGCAUGGGAGUGGUGACUCCGAGGGACAGACAGGGCUCCCAUGGCUGCGGGGAGAGCUUGGCUCGGACGCCCUGGAGCCCAUGUGCGUCUGCAGGACACCGUCUGUUUUGGGUCAUCCACAUCCGUGGGUGGGCCAUGGCUAGAGGGACCAGCAGGUGUGGACAAGGCUUCUCUCUCCAUCAAGUCAAGCAGCCCAGGGCCCUGCUUAUAGCUGGGGAGGAGGAAGGGGCCCUGGCAGACCUCUGAGUGCCAGCUGGGUCCGCGGUGGUGUGUGUGGAUCCUCAGCCACGUCCAUGUGAAGUAAGCCUGAGCCAGUGCGUGGACUGGUGCCACGGGAGUGCCUUGCCCGCUGCCCUGAGUCAGUCAGCCGUUCUCCUGGGGCGAGAGCCGCCUCUGGUCUCAACAGCAUUAAGUACUGAUGGCGCCAGGCGGCGGUGGGGCGGUGGGCAUGGCUCUCCACCGAGAGCCCACUCUCCUUUUCUUAAAGUGUGUAAAUAGUUUAUUUAUAGGGGCAAGAACGUUCUCACCCAUUUCUUCAUUUCCUCCUCCUUUCCUCUGCAUUCUCCUCUGAGCAGCCUUAUGUGGUGUCCACAGCUGGAGCUGUCCCUUUGAGUUCCCUUGAGUGUCUCGAGAACCAGCCCUGACACCCUCUCUUUCCUUCCCCGACCAUGGACGUGCCCCCUUCCUCCAUGCAGUCCUGCCCACACCCCCCACAUCCCCCUCCCCGCUCCCCAGCUUGGCCUCGCUGUCUUCUGGUCUUGGUGCUACUGAAAUUGUCACCCAGAACUUGAAUCCUGGCCCUCCCUCCCCACUGCAAGGCCAGGGACCCCAGCCUGAGAUGGCCAGCCCGAAACCUUCGGCCAGGGCUUCUGGUGGCCACAUGCCUGGGGCUGGCCUCUUCUGCAGCCAGGCCCUGCGCCCAGUCGCAGACCCCAGGCCCGGGACGUUUUGUUUCUGACCUUCGUGGUGACUCCCCUCGUAACUGUGCUCACCGGGUCCACCUUCCUGUCGGGGCUGUUCCAGGGCUUGCUCUUGGAAAUGAUGUUGUCUUAUGUGCUGAGGAGCCCCGUAGGGAUGGCUGGGCAUUCGUCCAGUGUUUGGGCUGUGUUCUGACUUCCUCUGUAGCUCAUACCACUUCUGAUUGUUCAGGGACUGAGUGCGACCUUCAGUUAUUUGCCGAAGUGUGUAUUCUAGUGUGGUGUAUACUGGUGGGUGUUUGUUGAUGAUGAUGACAUUUUUUUUUUUUUUUUGAACAAUUCUCUGUAGACUAGGAGAAGAAGAAUGCCUGUGUUUUUCAGAAGUAUGAUGCCUCUCUUUGACUGCCAAACUCUUUUAUGGAAUAUAUCUUUAUAU